AUGUUUCUACUUCUUUUCUCCUUCUACGAAACUUUCGAGUAUUCUCUUUAUUCUUAUCUCUCUCUCUCUCUCUCUCUCUCUCUCUCUCUCUCAUACAUAAUUUUCGAGAAUUCCCUUUUCCUUUACUCCUCCUCUUCUUCCAUUUUCCUCUCAUACCUUUUAUUUUCAUUUUAUGUUAUUCUCUUUUUCCCUACCUACUUCUCUCUUAUUUUUUCUUUUUUUGUUUUGUAUCUAUUAUCAUUUUUACAAUCCUUUCUCAUAUUUACUUUAAAUUUGCUAGUGCCCUUGCGUUCCCAAGCGUUUGACCUUGUGCCUGACAAAUUUAAUCUUAACAAAGAAGUUCGCUACCUCGUUUCCUUUUCUUACAACCAAUCUUACUCCCCAUGUUACUUUCUUUCUGUCUGUCAUUCUUUCUUUUUUGAAUAUUUAGUUCCUUCUUUCCUAUUUAUUUUCUACUUUCCCUUCCUACGUUUCUUUCUUUCUCUUUUUCUAUUUUCUUUCUUUCUUUUUUCUUUCUUCUGCAUAUUAAUUCGUUCUUUUUUUUUUAUUUAUUCAUUUUCCACUUUUUAUCAUUUACUGUAUUUCUGUCUUCUUUUCUUCUUUUUUUCUUUCUUUUAUUUGCAUAUAUUCCGUUCCUUUUUAUUCAUUUACCAAAUUCCAUUAUUCCUUUCCUCUUUUUCAAUUUCUUUUUAUAUUUUCCUUUUCCUUCAUUCGCAUAUAUUUCGUUAUUUCUUUUUAUUCAUUUUCCACUUUUCAGGCAUUAAUUGCCAUCUCUUCAUUCUGUUCUAUGUUUUGUCUCAUCCUUUCUUUCAUUCGCAUAUAUCCGUUCCUUCUUUUUAUCCUUUUUCCACUUUUAAUUCCUUCCUUUAUAUUUUUCAUUCUCUUUCUUUCAUUCUUUUCUUCUUUUUUUAUCCGUAUAUAUUCCUAUUUUUUCUUUUUUCAUUUUCAAAUUCCAUUAUUCGUUUCCAUUUUCUCAUUUUCUUUCUUUUUUCUUUCCUUCAUCCGCAUACAUUCUCUUCCUUCUUUCUGGUUCAAUUUCAUCUUUCCAUUUUUUUUCGUUUCUUUCUUUCUCACUUUUUCUUUAUUAUUUAUUCAUAUUUCAAUUACCAUUCCUUCCUUCAUUUUUUCUGUCUUUGUUUCACUAUUCCCUCCUUUCUUUCUUUCUUUCUUUCUUUCUUUCUUUUUUUCUUCUAUUCGUAUAUAUAUCUUUCCUUCUUCCUGAUCAAUUUUCAACUUUUCUCUGUUUCUUUUUUACUCUCUUUUUUUUUCUAUUUAUCUAUCUUUCCUUUUUCUUUCUUCCGCAUGUUAAUACGUUUUUUUUCUUAUUUAUUCAUUUUCCCCUUUCAAUUCCGUACUUCAUUUCUUUCUUUCUAUCUUUCUGUUGUCUUUCUUUCUUCCUUUAAUUCGCAUAUAUUUCGUUCUUUCAUUUUAUUCAUAUUCCACUUACCAGUCCUUCCUUGCCAUCUCUUCAUUUUCUUCCUUUUUUUCUUAUUUUCUUUUAUUUAUUCGCAAACAUUUAAUUUCUUCUUUUCAUCCAUUUUCAAAAUUACAUUCCUUAUUUUUCAUAUUCUUAUUUUAUUUCUUUCCUUUGCAUAUUUCCAUUGCUUUGGCCUUAUUGCAGACUAA